AUGGAGGCCUUGGACGAUUAUUCGAAGUCUGCGACGUACUCUGAAGUGAAUGUGAACUUGCAGAAGAUGGCAUUCCACAUCUCCGAGAAUUUCACCAUGUUGUCGUUCUCGGAAGCCGGGGCCGAUGCCUCCGUCCUGGACCACGCCAGUUGGGGGCAUUUCGUGAACCUGAGCCAGAUCAGCUCGAUUGUCGUGCAUUCUGAGCGGACUUUGGCCAAGAGCCGUCAGGGCGAUAUCUUGCCUCCCUCCAGCUGCACAGGAGUUUGGUUCACAGUGCAUGGGCCCAGAGUCGGCUGGGGUCGCGCACUCCGGAGCUUCACAGACCCAGAGACACAGAAGCCGUUCCAGCAAGUGGUGGGCUCCGGCGAUGGCAACGGCCUGGGAGCCGCUUUGGCCGACGGCGAGACUUUGCAGUGGUUCCGUUUGGAGCUUGGCUUCCGUUCCGCCGAUGUCUUGGACUUGAGGAAAGAGCUCCCAGAAGAGGGCCAAGUUGAAGUCUUUGGUGAUGAGGAGGUGGACUCCUUGCCCAGGUCGAACUUCCAGACCUACGUGGACUUGACCAUGCUGGGCCGGCGCUUCCGGAGCACGAAGGCCACUGGAAGCAAUCCCAGAUAUCAGGGCCCGUAUUCGGGAAAGUUCAUCGCGGAGGUGCCCAUUCCACCAGGCGACGGUGGCUUGGCCUUCCUGGACACCUCAGAGGUCGGCAUUGAUGUGGUGGAAUGCGACCCCGAGAAUCCGGAGAACAACCGCACCAUCUGGGCUGCAAAGAUGCCCCUCUGGAAGCUUUUCACCGCGGAAGAAGACCUUCCGAAACCCAUGGAACCACCACCCACGGCUACGGCCCUGACAACGCUGGGCAUCGGAGAGGGGGCUCUCACGACCCUGGGCCUCAUGGAGGAAGCACAGGAGCAAAUCCAGAGUAUGACCAGGUCUCUCCGGAGCGGAACGCUGAAAAGUACUCGGAGGAUGUGGCUCCAGCACCCCACCGUGAACCUUUCUGACAUCUUGCCCCUCAAAGCCCAUGUGGACUUGGACAUUUUUGCAAAGCUGAGCCCGAACUCCCUGCUUACGAAGACGCCGGUUUCUCCGGAGCUGCAAGGACGGGGGUCCAGCUCCUGCCUCUUCACCUCAAACAAGGCUGCCUGGGUGGACCCCAGCCAGAGGAGCAUGAGUGUGGCAAACAUGGUUGAGCUGAACAUUCGAGAGAUUGUUUUCCCAACAGAUGAUGUGCCAGAGGAGACUAGGCUCUACAAGUACCAUGUUGAGGCCAGAUGUAAUGGCGUCAGAGCAGCUACAAAGGCCUUGUGCCGGCCCAAAAAGACUUGGAAAGCCAUCAUCCCUUUGGACACUUCCAAGAUCGAUUUCAAGGGCAGCACGGUCUUCGUCCCUCUGCCCCCAGGGUGUUGGAGCAGCGCUGAGACGAUCAAGGUGCGGGUGCAGGUCAUGCGCACGCUCGUGAACGAGGUCCAGGCGGUGAACUUCAAUGAGCUCCUUGCGAGGAAUGGCAGAUCGGGCCCGUACACCCCCACAUCAGAAGUGGUCUACCACGCGGAUCUGUUUGUUGACGGCAUGAGCCUGGACUUCUCGAGGCAGGCUGCAGGAGUUCCGUUUGCCAGGGCAACGGCAGCUCCAACGUACUAUGGCGUCGCAAAGGAUGAGCUGAGUCCAGUCGAGACACCAGCCCUGGUGGUCAUGGACAUUGCGCUCCGGGACCGCGACUAUGCGCGGCUUCACACCGCACAGGACAGCCUCCGAGCAGGCAUGCUGUGCGUUGGAGACAAGGCCAUGCUGAAGGUGGAGGAGCCUAUCCGGUACCCCAACAGCGAGGUGGAGUACCGAAACUUCUUGAACAAUUCGGCACCUGGCCAGUUCGAUCCUACGCGCAUCCCACGUGGUCCCAGUGUGGUGGCUUGGGAGGCUCCCUUGCGCGAUCCAUGCGCUACGUUCGAGUACAAGGCCAGUGGAUUGGACAAGCUGGAUCCUCCAGAGCCUUUCAAGCAGCGCUACAUGCCCAACGCGAGCGGCGAGGUGAUUCCACACAAGUUCGUGCUGCCAAAGGAUGAGGCCGAGUUUCAGAGUGGGCUGAAACCAGGCUCCUUCUGGAGGAUCAUGGAGUACCUGGCCGGCCUGAAAGUCAAUGCGGUGAAAACGAUGCCAAACGGAGAUGAAGAGUAUGAGCCUCAAAUCAUCAAGAUGCUGACGCACGUGGUCCGCUCCAUCCCUACCACGGUGUUGGCUGUGUACCCGGACCAAACCUGUGAUGUCGAGUUGGCUCCGAACUUCGUGCAAAUGUGGGAGGCGGCCCCCUACAAGGCCUUCGGGAUCCUUGGUGCUGCCGUCAUCGGCGAUCACACGGACAUCUCGGAUGCCGCCAUUCGCAAUGCGCCGGUCGGUGCUGGGGAUGUGGGGGAGAGGGUUCGGAGGCGCAUCCUGUUGAAAGGGCUGCCGAUCAGUAGCCUGAGCAGUGUACAGUCGGCGAGCUUCAAUGUCUACGAUGCUGCCAUCACCACAACGGAUGAAAUCGUCCACAUCCACCCGCACAAGGUGGGCAACGAUUACAACCCGCGUCUGAUUGAUGGAGCCGUGGAUGACAUGCAGAUGCUCAGUGGACACCGUGGAAGCUACCGCGUUGUAGCAGGACCUUUGCCAGUGGAUGCCAACCCAGCAGACUGCCAGUACGAGUGGUCGCUUUCCCUGAACGCCAAGGACGAGGCGGACAUGUACCACUUCAUCACAGUGCUGAGGCAGGCUGCCCGCAUGGACAUUGCGGAGCAGGUGAAAAAGCUGCAGGAGUUCAAGAAGAAGAGCGCCUUUGCCCUGAACAACCGGCCCUACCUGGACUCCCAGAUCUAUUCCACACAGAGCGGGCACCUGGAAGUGAUUUUGGUAGAGGCCCGGCACCUCCGGCCAACUCGCGUGCAGCAGGAACAGGACUGGCAGGCUUCGGUGCAAAAGAGCUUGCAGCUUGAGCUGCAGACUGAGGCAGGCUUCUCCUUGCUGAACAGCGAGGAUGGGAAGAGGAAGGAGUUGAUCUACAAAGGCUCCAAAAUCCAGAUGUCCCCACCGCUGUCGGGAAGCAACCCCAGCUGGGGUGAGCAUCCGGAGCUUCAGGCAUCUGGAGGCUGGGUCUUCAAGAGCCCUCUUCUGGAAGCUCGAAGCAUGCCAAACCUUUACUUCGAGAUCGAUCUCACAUCCCGAACGCUGCAGCAGAUCGGCCAGACCGAGAAGCUGGGCAUGGUUCGCAUGGCCGUUUUCGGGGCCCACUUCAGGCCAGAGUUCCUCGGAGGCGCGCCGACACUGGACCUCAGCGAUCCAAAGAAGCCCUUCAACAACCUCUGGAUCCCGCUAUCCAAGAGCGACAAAGGGCUUCUGGAGCCAAAGCCUUACGGAGAGCUUCACAUCAUGACACUCUGGAGGCCUUCGCAGGAGACGGCCAUCACACGAAGGUUGCCGAAGAAGGUGCAAGUGUGGCAGAGCUAUGAACUGAAGCAGGCAAUGAAGAACAACUCCAUGCACGAUCCCAUCUACGAAGUCCAGGCCUUACAAAGCGGCUACGAUCCGAACCUCUACGCGAUCAAGGGCGAGCAACCGGCAUCCCAGAGCCAAGCAAACCUCAGCCACAUGCAGAAGAUGUUUGAGAGCGUCCCCUACUUGGACUGCUGCGAGCGCCAGCAGAGGGCUGCCUGGCGGGACUACCGGCAGAAACUCAUGAAGCUGGAGGCCGAGCAGGGAAGAGGACCUGUCUCUUUGAGCACGUGGCGCGAGAAGUGGGUUGCGGACGCUCAAGGCGCCACAGAACUCUGGAAGUUGGACGAGAUGCUCCGCCGUGGUGUGCCUGCCGGCAUCCGGAACCAUGUGUGGCCGGAGAUCACCAAGGCGCACGCCCUGCAAUCGGAGUUCCUCGACGCGUUUGCCCCGUUGCCACAGAGAAGCGACGGAGAUGAUCCCGCAUCGGCUCCUCUGAGACACAAGCUUCUUGAAGAGAAGUUCCUCCUCUCGGAUGUGGAGAAGUCUUACGUGAAGGAGGUGAAAGGAUCCGCCGCCGACCGGAAUGCUGUCUACCAGAGGGCCGUCUACAGACGGCUGCUGGAGAUCGGUCGACCUUACCGAAACGAUGCCAUGGGUCAGCUCCACGAGGACCUUGUUGGUGCCGCCUCCUGGGAGAAGCCCACGCACCAUGCCACAAUGGCGCGGCACUUCAAGCGCCUCAAGCGGGCCGAAGACAUCUGCGUGGCUCUCAUUGCUUUCUCUCAGGAGAGUUACAAUAUCAGUGCCGAUGCGCCCAACUGCUCCCAAUUCGAGACGACGGAAAGGGUCACUGGCGUUGCAUACUGCGAGUCCAUGCUGGCCCUGGCCUUCUUCCUGCUCAUCGCUCAGACACCAUCCCAAACCCGGGCAGAGGAGGAUGAACCCUGGGACUUCUGGGAUGUUGAGCCAGAACAACCUCCUAGGCAGGGCGAGAGCGAGGAGGAGAUUCAAAGGAAGCAGGAGGAGAAGGAGAGGAAGCAGAAGGAAAAGGCAGCUUUUCCGAAGGACGAGGUGGACGACGAAGUUCAGGCAUUCUGGAUACUCUUCUCCUUGGCCUCAAACAUGGGUGCGCAGCCUUUCCGGGACUUCUAUGGGGUCCCGAAGCAACGAGAUGUGCCCCGCACAGCUCACACGGCGAGCGUCAGCCAGCCCGGAAGCCCUGCCGCCGGCGCCUCCCCCACCAACGAGCCGCAGUCGACGGGUGAGAAGGAGAUGCCCAUCGCGGAUCGGCGCGGAGCCAUGGAUGAUUUGCUUCGACUGAACUACAUUCUGUCCCGCAUGGAGCCAGAGCUUUGGGUGCACCUCAAUGCCCUCGGCUUCCACCCUUCCAUGGUCUUCCACGCUUCCUUCAUGCGGCUCUUCGCUUUCACCUUGCCUGUCACGAGCCUGUUCCGGCUCUGGGACAUGCUGCUGGGCGAAAGCUGCCGCAGAGACCUCCCAGCCAACAAGCCGGCACGCCACGGGCUCAUCGACCUGGCCUACGCCGGCCUGACGACUUGCAAGGAUGCGAUUCUCAAGUGCCAGAGCGCGGCGGAGGUGCAGAGCUGCCUGCAGAGUUUCUUCGAGUCGAUCUAUGACCCGAGUUAUCUCGUGGAGUUGGUGGCUGCAGCAGAGUACAAGUUGUGGGACAAGGAAGCCUCAAUGGCCAAAAUCGGCGUGCCGUCCCUGCACACCAUGGAUUACGAAAAUUCGCGGAAGCACUGGGAUCGCUACCAGAACCAUUACAGGCUUCAGAAUUACGUCCUUCGCGAGUUGUGCCAGGACACGAGCACCUCACAAUCCGCCUCAAUCACUGGAGGAACCAUAGCUUCCAAGACCUCGACCUCGAACGUGAACGGCGCGAAUGUGGCAUUCUCGUCUACUGGUGUGGCCCUUGACAUGAGGUUGACAACGAGAUCUGUCAUGAAGAUUUUCAACCAGUUCGUGCAGCACUUGGCCAACUCCGAAAACCCUGCGCACAGCGCCGGCAUCUUGAGGCAGCUUCCGGUGGAGCUCGUGAAGGCCCUGCCAGAGUCUGACGGCACGGUGCAGGGCCAGGUUUGGUCAUGGAUCAGCAAGAUGGUGGAGCAUUCCGGCCUUGUGGACAAGACGGUGGGGCCGACGAAGCACCCGAUCAGUCAUCCAGUGCCCAUCAAAGCGCAGCCAGGAGGAAUCGUCGAGCCGGCGAUGUUAGACCGCGCUGGCUGGAUGAUCGUCGUCCAGAAGGUCCUGGGGAUCUCUCCGGACAAGGCCCAGUCUCAGGGCGACCCCGUGUCGCAGAACGUGUGGCAAAAGUGGUCUCCGGUGAUCUGGGACAGGUUCAACCUGGACCCGAUGGAGAAGAAGAUGAGCAUACUCGAGUUCUUCAUGGGCUUGAUUUGCUGCUCCAAGGGGACGGUGUCGGACAAAGCCAUCGCCCUCUUCCACCUCUACGCCUUCCACGGUCAGGAGUUGAAGGUUCCGCACAUCAAUCCGAUUUCUCGUGCCACGGGAAUUAUCAUUGAGCGGAACGAGGGCAAGAGCCAGGAAGAUGCCCAGUUCCUGAGAGCUCCAAGCGAUGAGGAGGUGAAGACCAUGGCUCUGCAUCUCAAGGUGUGGGUCUAUGCGCUGGGGGCCAGUCGACAGGAUGAGAAGAUGAUUGGAGAGGUCUUUGUCCCUAGCCUCGUCCCGUACGUGACCACAUCCCUUGUCGGCGGAACAGUAGGCUCCGAUCCGAAGACCUUCACGGUCUGGGGCCCGGAGAAGCAGAUGCCGCCGGGCUUCUCCCGCGAGCAGGACCCAUCUUUGCUGACCGAGCACGGAGUGCGGCCUCACGUCGGGGACAUGCUCCUGGAUUUGAAGUGGAUGCCCGUGAGUGCCAGCCAGCCCGAGGUGGGACAGCUGGGCAUCACACUGAUCAGCGUGAAGCUGGACAACCUGGAUGCACCAGAAACCAAGAAUCCCCGUGUAGAGGUCGUUACUUACACAGAGACCAAUUUCACCGAAGUGCGCCUGCCGCGCUGGGACCCUCGAAGCACCAUGCGCAAGAUUUCGCAUCAGCUGGCGAUGGCACCACCGGUGACGGAGCACGUGCAGUUUGAUCGCACGAUGAGGAGAGAGCCAUCAACGGGGCGACUCUUCAAGAAGGUCAACUCCGGAGACCACGGCUGGAACAAGGAGGAGAAGGUGUGGAAGUGGGCUCCGCAGUGGGGACAACAGUACUCGGCGGAACGCACGACCUUCCGCAAGGCCGUCUGCGAACGGGCAGUGGUGAGUUCGACGGGCAACACGAAGCCCAAUCUCAUCACCAUGCACGCAUGCCGCCUGAUCACGGCCGGGAUUUUGUCCCGAAGUUUGCAGCCCGUGACGCAUCGGCAAUGCAUCCAGAUCGCUGAGAAUGUCUUCAGCAGGUGUCAGGCAGUUCCGGGCAUCUUGGACGCGAUCCUCAUCGAGGGAGAUUGCACAGGUGCAAGCGAGAGCCUUGUGAAGGCCAAGGAAGAAUUCGCCGAGCAAGGGAAGAAUUGGACGGACGUGAAAAAGAAUAUGAUCGUCGCCCACGAGCUGCACGUGGCCAUGACGGGUUUCGGCCUCGACAUGUUCACGCCCGACAGCAACCGGGAGGUCGGUAAAGCUUUGAACUUGAGCAUGCUGGAGAUCCCGGAUCCUUACCCAGAGCUGCCAAAAACUCUCUGGCUUCGCUACUGCCGCGCGGGCGAUGGCCAGCGCUUCAACGCGAGGAUCCCCGUGGACAGCGAUGGUGCGCUCAGAGGCGGCGAAGUUCGCUUUGACAUGAAUGUGGCCUCGCCGUCAGAGGCCGAAGCAGCGCAGGUCCAGCUGCACCUGACGAAGCAGGAGUUCGUGAACUGCCUGAUGUCCAGCUCGCUUCUCAGCGAGUCUUUGAGGCAGCUUUCAACCACGGACAACAACAGCGACCACGUACCACCGGCAACGUCCAUCCGACUGGACGUGACCAUUGCGGACCCCACCAAGGAGGCUGCCGAUGCGGAUUUGAUGGACACAUUGAACAUCAGGCAGGCUGUCGUCCUGGAGAUCUGGGACUCGGACAUGGGCAAGACUGACGACUUCCUCGGGGAGUGCUGGUUGCCGCCCCUGGGUUCGCUGACCGAGGCGACAAAGCGCUACGUGCUUCCUGUGCAGAAUGCCGAGAUGGGCAUGUCCCGAAAGCACAACAAGAAGUUCUCCAAGAUGAACUGCGAAGGCUACUUGACAGUGGAAGCAUCUUGGAUCUUUCCCUCCGAGAAGGCCCCUCCACUUCAGGAAGGGGCAACCAUGGAGCAGCGCGUCAAGCGCGAGGAGAUGCUCCACACAGGAAAGCUGAAGCUGAAGGUUGUCAAGGCCGAGGGGCUCCGUGGUGCCGACCGGAGCUACCGAAGGGAGGGCAGCGACCCCUAUGUGUGCAUGUAUGUCAAGAACGAAGCUAUCGGCUCGUCUGACAAGGCCAGCAUUCCACCGGGCUUCGACGAGGAGGGCUGGCACAUGACCGCCCUCCGUCGACAUGAGUGCUAUUGGACAACGACAACGAAGAAGGCCACCCGCAACCCCGAGUGGAACGAGGAGAAGGAUUUCACCCUCAGGACAGGAGGCUUCGAGAGGCGCACGAAGCAGGCCUUCCACUUGGACAUCACCUCGGGCCAGGCGCGGCGUCAUCAGGACGACUACUACACCGCGGUGCUGGGCACGAAGGAGGAGCUUCGCCUUCGGUUCGGAGACAACGACGACAAAAACUCCAAGGACCAGAAGAUCGGAUACCCCAGCGAAGUUGUCAUGUACAUGGCAGACAACAUGCAGCAGUUCAAGGAGAAGCUGUCCUACGCAUGCAAGGUUCUGGCGAAGCAGCUUCUAGAACAGGAGAGGCAAGAGAAGCAAAAGGACCCGAACGCAGACAAGAAGCAGGCCUACAAAACAAGGCGGAAGCAUGUGAAUCAGCUGGAGGCCGCUGCUAGGGACAUGUCCUACAGGCACAGCUGCAUGGUCUUCGUGCCCUCUAAGAGGCUGCGAGAGCUUGCGCAGCGCGGCAGGGAAGGCUGGACGAGCUAUGAAUACAAGAGGCUCUACGCUGUGGAGGAGCAGGAUCCUUCGUCAUGGCAGCCCCUUGACAACGUCUGCACCUUCAGCCACUAUGCCAGCCUGUACAGCUUCGGCCACACCAACGCGCAGCGUCUCAAAGUGGCAGACAGCCAAGACAUCGCGCGGCUCAACAACAAUCGAUACCGCCUCUAUGAGAAACAGCAGAAGAAGUACUUGGAGAGCUUGGCAGACACGAACACGCCCGAAAAGUGCUUCGGUUUUGCCAAGUUCCACCAUCCCUCCGACGUCUCCUCCGAAGAGUGGCGGCCCGCCUUGAUUGACCGCUCUGAGACCGUCGCCACCAGCAAGCGGAAAUACAAGGUCUCCUACGUCUUCUCUCCUUAUGUCGCGGUGUCGGCAGAGUCCAGGGAGCAGGAAGAGGUCGACGAAGAGUGCGUCCUUUUGGCCCCAAGCAAGCCAAAGAUUCGGGACGUGGUGCACGUUGAGCACAAGGAGCUCCUAGCCCGGGCCAAAAUCAUGAAGGACCAGGGUGUGCCGGAGGAGGAGAUUGUGAGACAACUGAAUGCAGACCUCAAGAAGAGUUUCGAAAAGUCCAAGGAAGCCAAUGAGGAUGGGGCCGCCAUGACCGCGCCUCCCAUGAUCUCUUUGGCAGAUGUACAAGAUGCCCUCAAGCGAGCAAAGGAGGACGAAGCGGACGCCACCUUGGAUGGCGGUCAGUGA